AUGAACAACGAUCCGCGUCGUGGAAACGCUAUAAUUGCCGUUCGGGAAGAGCGGGCCAGGAUCGGAGGCGUUGAAGCAGUGAGACAAACAUAUGUAGCUGCUACAAAUGAAGGGUCAGUAUAAACUCUUUUUAAACCUCGCUUGCAUGAGUCUUUCGCUAAUCAUGGUACGGCACGGUUCUUUAGACUACUGAAUCAACUCAACAUUAACACUUAUAAACAAAUGGUUUGAAAUCGAAUUUUCCUUCGCUGGAAAUUUUCUCAUGGUCAUUUUUGGUGGCCAAAGUUUUCUGCAAACAAAGCGGUAUUAGAAACGUACAUUGAUCGUAGUGGAAGCCGAAUUCUGCAAAAAGGCGGAAGUGACAUAAACACAAAUCGUUUGCUGCGCAUUUGUUAUAAUAUAGAAGGUAUACUGUCUCAUUUUCAUCUUCAAAUCUUUCAUUUCAAGCUUACAUCCAAUGAAACAUCAAUAAAGAAACAUUUGAAUAGUAAAAUUACAAGAAUUCUGAGUACUGUAUUGAAGCAGUUCGUGCAAAGGUCACGUGACUUUGGACUCGUCUGAAGCCAAUUGUGUCACGUUUUCUUAAUUAAGUUUUGAUGCUGAUAGGGUGCAGUAUAAAUGUUACAUUUUAUUCUUAAAUUGAAGCGAAAGUGAACUGUGAUUUUUACAAAAAUGUUUUCGCAAGGAACCCCAUAACAAGAAUCUUUUAUUUGUGAUUCUAAAUAUAAAGAGUGCAGUGGGACGAAAGAAACAUGACUCUACAGCUGAGACGCUUGUCGAGCCAACGAGUCUUCAUAAUUUCAGCGCUCUAAAUCCGCACAUAGCAGGAUUUCAGUUGGUUGGAAUUCCUUGCCCACCAUCUUUUACUAUAAUAUUGUGAAAUGACUUUGAAAGGCGGCAGACCCAGCUAACUAGCUACUUAAGAGAUUUUUUAAAAUUUAGUUAAUAAGAAUAUUUCUAUUUUUCUCCUUUCAGUGCUGUUGCAGUUCAAGUAGAUACAGUACAACCGACAGGGUAAAACAGGAGGUUGAAUUCCUGAUUGUAACAAAUAACUCUAAUAAUAGACAUAUUAAAUUCUGCAAACAGAAUACUGCAAUGCUGAUCGUACUACGUGAAAAUUAACUCUGCAAGACAUCAACACGACACCGAAAGAACUCAAAACAGAGCGGGAUUGUAGCCAUAGACAGCUGUUCCGCCCCCUUUGGGGCUCGUCAAUGUAGCGUAACAACCAGAGAAAGCUCUGAUAAAAAAUAUCCGCGCACUCUGAGCACUCUCAACACCCCCACGCGUCUUCUGGGGAGCAAGAGUCAAAGUGUCAAGUUGAUGUCUCGCAGAAAAAAUAAAGAAUCGGCCAAAAUCAACCCCUAAAACAUGGACAGAACCAUGCAAGAAUUACGGCAUAUCGGAUCUAUAAAAGAUCUACGGCCCCAGAAUAAAAAGAAUAAAAAAUGGAAUAUAGCAGUAACAAAAUACGUUUUGACGUCAUCUUAGAAUUUCCAAAAUUGGACACUAAAUAGAAGUAACGUAUCACUGAGGUAUGCAAUUUAAUCGUAGGUUUCUCUCUUUAUAAGCACAGGGCCUAUAACUAGAUUUUAAAAUCAUGAUACUUUUAAGUGAUAUUUCGUGGACAAUAAUUCAUUGUACCAGGAGCCAUAAUGGGACAAGACUUCUGCAACUCAUAUAAAGAUCGACGAUAAAGCGUGAGAUAACAAUGCAGAAAUCUCGCUGAUCUCGAUCAAGUGAUUACUGGUUUUAUCAUAUUAUUUUCAGCGGCUAUACUUACCGUCCAGCACUAGCACCUCCCCCACCAAGAUACCAACCAAAUCCUGCCAUAACCUACAGAGAGGAGCCCAGCUGCACGGACUACUGUUGUCUAGCGUGCGACAGUGAAUAUGAAUGGUACAAGUUGGAAGGAAAGGGUAGGCCCUACAAUACCGCUUAUAAUUAUGGAAAUUAUAGGACUAACUCUGAAACAGAAACAAGCUCGUCCGUCUAUCAGUCGGCGGAGCGCUGGACUACGAGUGGGAUGAGGUCGCGGGUUCGAUCCCCGGGGCCGGACCAGCAUUCAUGGCCUUAAAAUAACUGAGCAAGCAAAUGAUUACACCGUUACGUAGCCUGUUCCAGGCUCCAAUAUAGUAAUGACGCGCGUCCUGCUUUCCCUUACGAGGUCCCUUCUAUAAUUGAGAGCCUGGCACGGCAGGACACUUUACGUUGCUUGGUUGACUAGGGAUGAGGUACUGGUUCUAGAGGGUCUCAGUGGGGUGGUAGCUUUGACGGUUGACUGUUAAUUUGUCCAAUUUUGACGACUGUCGGCUAAAUUUCAGAGCUUUUGAUGGUUGACGGUAAUAAAAUGAAAACUUAGUCCAAAAAUUACAGUAAAUAUUAAUCCCUAUGUCACGAGACAUCCCAGUGAGCUUAGACUGACUAACAGCAUGAACGAGCUCCUGGAAACAGAGGGCGGGGUAGACCACAAAGAUGUUGGAUAAGAGACAUCUGUGAAUGGACACGAAGUACACCAUCGCAAGCUAUCAGGCUUGCUAAGAAGAGAGACUUAUUAUAAGAAUAAUCCAGCAUUAGAAUGCGUUUACGGAUCCUGAGAGAUCUUUGGCGUAAAAGAAGAAAGAAGAAGAUGAAUUGAUAUUAACAGUUGUGUUGUGGAGCUUGUUUUGAUCUUAAGAAAAUUUCGCAAUAUUUUCAGAUGUAAGCAAGUUCUAAGAUCUUGCAAUGUCUAGAAAGAAACGGUUUUUGAGAACAUGAGAACUGGUUUUUCAAGUUGAGAAAUUCUUCAGGACCUAGAAUUCCGUCAAGAUCAGCUGAAAUAGUGAGAUUUGAAAUACUUUGAGGCUUUUUGACGGGUGACGGUAAAAAGUAACCUUUUUUGACGGUUGGUGGUUAAUUUUUAGGCCGUUUGACGGCUGACUGUAAAGAGUAGGAGACGCGGGUUAAGAAAAGUGCGCUCAAUAAGUACUUUCGUGAUGACUAAGUUGGGCCUUUUUUUUCCUAUUUUACAGGUUGUUGCUGGAUUCCUGUCCUUCUCCUGUUUUAUUUGAUUGUAGGAAUCAUCCUUCUUCCAUUUUUGAUUCUCUAUCUCGUAUGUUUGUGCGUCUGUUAUCCGCUAGGCUGCUGUAAGAAUAACGGCGACUCAGAUUUCGAUCGUCCAUUAUUUAGUUCCUAAGCCAAUAGGGAGACUCCCAGCAACCAAAACAGGAAAAACUUGUUUAAAAACCUUGUAUAGUAGUUUCAUAUCAGUCGUAUCCGUUAGAGUUCCACUAAUCUAUCCAGCUAGCCUUAACUGAAUUGAGAUCAGCUUGUCUCUUAGUGGCCGCAAACUAACAAGUCGAAAUAUUUACUCAAAUUAGUUCGACUGUAGACUUCCCCGAAAGCUUUAAGUCAAAUUUUUU